AUGAAAGUUUUAUACCACUUACUACUUACUAACCAAUUAGAAAUAUAGAAGGAACAGAAUGGGAUUCAAAUCCUAUUGUACCUGUAAUACUAUUUUUUUUUAUUUAUAAUAGAAAAAAAAUUCAUAAAUGA